CCAAUAAUGCCUCCAAGUCCAAGCCAGAGUGUCAUUUCGAUUGUGUACCUAUAUAGGUUCACAUAUUAUAUCGAUCACCACAUCCGCAAGCUUGUCACAACAGAUGGCAAAUACAAGCUCAUCUCUAAAUGUCCUUCAGCCUCCAAAAUAUGGCAACCUCAUAACAGUUCUCAGUAUAGAUGGAGGAGGAAUUAGAGGAAUCAUCCCCGGUGUUCUUCUCGCUUACCUUGAAUCUCAACUUCAGGAACUAGAUGGUGAAGAUGCAAGGCUUGCAGAUUACUUUGACGUUAUUUCUGGGACAAGCACAGGUGGUCUAAUUGCGACCAUGCUAGCAGCACCUAAUGACAACAAUAGACCAUUAUACGCUGCCAAAGAUAUUGUCCCAUUUUACCUUGAUAACUGUCCCAAAAUUUUCCCACAACCAAGGGGAUUGUGUGCCCAAAUUGUAGAACUAGUUAAAGUUCUAACAGGACCCAAGUAUGAUGGAAAGUAUUUGCACAAGCUAAUAAGAAAUAUAGUAGGGGACAAAAGGUUGGACCAAACAUUGACAAACGUGGUUAUUCCAACGUUUGACGUCAAGAAACUUCUGCCUGUCAUAUUUUCCUCUUAUCAGGUGACAAGCCGUCCAGUGUUGAACGCUAAACUUUCAGACAUUUGCAUUGGUACCUCAGCAGCACCAACUUUGUUCCCUGCCCACUAUUUUGAAAACAAUGAUCAACAAGGGGAACCAAAAGAGUUCAACCUCAUCGAUGGUGGCGUCGCCGCUAAUAAUCCGGCUUCGGUUGCCAUUAGUGAAGUGAUAAAAGAAACUAAGAACCAAAAUCCAGAUUUCAUGGAGAUUAAGCCCAUGGAGUUAUACGAUCGUCUUUUGUUGGUUUCGUUGGGGACAGGCUCAGACAGAAGUGAGCUGAAGUACAAUGCUAAGAAGGCUUCCAAAUGGGGUCUUAUAGGGUGGUUAUACGAGGACGGGUCAAGUCCUUUAUUGGAAUGCUUUGAUGAAGCAAGUGCUUGUAUGGUUGACUACCACAACUCUGUGGUUUUCCAAGCCCUCCAUUCUGAAGAGAACUACCUCAGAAUUGAGGAGGACACGCUAAAGGGAAAUCUAGCUUCAGCUGAUAAAGCUACCCAGGAGAACUUGGAAAAUCUAGUGGAAGUUGGGAAUCAAUUGCUCCAGAAACCAAUUUCAACCAUGGAUUUGGAUACGGGUCUCUACGAACCAGUUGAAAAUGGUGGCACCAAUCAGCAAGCACUUCAAAGGUUUGCAAAAUUACUUUCGGACGAAAAGAAGCUCCGGGAGUCAAAAUCACCAAAUCUGACAUAAAGUAAUGAGUUGUGUUGUA